AUGGUGCUUACCUGCGUGUGCUGGCCUGCGUGUGCUGGCCUGCGUGUGCUGGCCUGCGUGUGCUGGCCUGCGUGUGCUGGCCUGCGUGUGCUGGCCUGCGUGUGCUGGCCUGCGUGUGCUGGCCUGCGUGUGCUGGCCUGCGUGUGCUGGCCUGCGUGUGCUCGCCUGCGUGUGCUGGCCUGCGUGUGCUCGCCUGCGUGUGCUGGCCUGCGUGUGCUGGCCUGCGUGUGCUGGCCUGCGUGUGCUGGCCUGCGUGUGCUGGCCUGCGUGUGCUGGCCUGCGUGUGCUGGCCUGCGUGUGCUGGCCUGCGUGUGCUGGCCUGCGUGUGCUGGCCUGCGUGUGCUGGCCUGCGUGUGCUGGCCUGCGUGUGCUCGCCUGCGUGUGCUCGCCUGCGUGUGCUCGCCUGCGUGUGCUCGCCUGCGUGUGCUCGCCUGCGUGUGCUCGCCUGCGUGUGCUCGCCUGCGUGUGCUGGCCUGCGUGUGCUGGCCUGCGUGUGCUGGCCUGCGUGUGCUGGCCUGCGUGUGCUGGCCUGCGUGUGCUGGCCUGCGUGUGCUCGCCUGCGUGUGCUCGCCUGCGUGUGCUCGCCUGCGUGUGCUGGCCUGCGUGUGCUGGCCUGCGUGUGCUGGCCUGCGUGUGCUGGCCUGCGUGUGCUGGCCUGCGUGUGCUGGCCUGCGUGUGCUGGCCUGCGUGUGCUGGCCUGCGUGUGCUGGCCUGCGUGUGCUGGCCUGCGUGUGCUGGCCUGCGUGUGCUCGCCUGCGUGUGCUCGCCUGCGUGUGCUGGCCUGCGUGUGCUGGCCUGCGUGUGCUGGCCUGCGUGUGCUGGCCUGCGUGUGCUGGCCUGCGUGUGCUCGCCUGCGUGUGCUCGCCUGCGUGUGCUGGCCUGCGUGUGCUGGCCUGCGUGUGCUGGCCUGCGUGUGCUGGCCUGCGUGUGCUGGCCUGCGUGUGCUGGCCUGCGUGUGCUGGCCUGCGUGUGCUCGCCUGCGUGUGCUCGCCUGCGUGUGCUGGCCUGCGUGUGCUCGCCUGCGUGUGCUGGCCUGCGUGUGCUGGCCUGCGUGUGCUGGCCUGCGUGUGCUCGCCUGCGUGUGCUCACCUGCGUGUGCUCACCUAG